AGCCUCUUCUCGAUCUGCUUUGAACCCAUCUUCAACCUACAGCCGCACUGCAGACAAGAUGACCAAGCGCACCAAGAAGGUCGGUAUCACCGGUAAAUAUGGUACCAGAUACGGUGCCUCCCUGCGUAAGCAGGUGAAGAAGAUGGAAGUCACCCAGCACGCCCGUUACAUCUGUACCUUCUGCGGAAAGAACACCGUGAAGCGCAAGGCUGUUGGUAUCUGGGAGUGCAAGGGCUGCAACAAGACCGUCGCCGGUGGUGCUUACACCGUCUCGACCCCCGCUGCCGCUGCCACCCGCUCCACCAUCCGCCGUCUCCGUGAGAUCGCUGAGGUUUAAAAAAUGGGACAUGAUUUUUUUCUUACUCUACGGUCACGUCUGAAUACCAAAAAUGAAAAACUUUGGAAUCUAAGGAUUUUGCAUUGCACUUGAUUCCCCGCGUAACGUCAUGAACGCCAUGAUUUCUCUACCCCUCGGGGCUUCGUUGGCUACAGCCGAUCGGAAUAGACAACCAACUCACCAAUACCC